UAACUCUAAAUUUGUUACAUAAAGAUAAACAUGGCUGGGCUUACGAAAACAUCUAUGGGGCUUAGGCGAUUUAUUUAUCAGGUUCGUCAGUGUAGACUGCAAACUCCAGUGUUUUCCCGGAUGCUGAGUUCCAACCCUAUAGAUGCUGGAUCCGACAUGGAUCCGCCAAUACCAGCCUAUGUGGAGAAGACCAAUGAGGAUAUUGGAUUGAAAAGAGCCAGGUUGUUGUACCAGAGUCGGAAGAGAGGAAUGCUGGAGAAUGGGCUCCUGCUCAGUACUUUUGCUGCCAAGCAUCUGGAUGAUCUGAAUGAAUCCCAGCUCACACUGUAUGACCGGCUCAUCAACCAGCCCACCAAUGACUGGGAGAUCUACUACUGGGUAACCGGUGCCAAGCCUACACCUCAAGAGUUCGACAGUGAAGUUAUGACCAUGUUGAAAGAACAUGCACAAAAUAAAGACAAGGAUUCUCGGAUACGCCAACCAGACUUGUACACAUAAAGCAAGUGUUGCAUGAAGACAGUUGAUGUGUGCUAUCUGAGUUGCCAGUCCAUUGUAUUGUCUUCAAUACAAAAUCUCCAGAUAAUGGAAUAGUUGGAAACAAUUGUCUGUCAACAAGGCCCUAGUCUAAUGUAUUGGGAUGUCCUUCAAUGGUACAAAGUCUUCAACAUGUAUCAUCUUUAAGUCAGCGAUGAGAUGAUGUGAUAUAUCUGGAACCCAGUGUCUCAGAUAAUGGGUUGUGUUGACAAGGAACAUCCUUCAAUGGUGUAUAUAACUGAACUGUGUGUGGAUGAGUUUUGUUGUCAAGUAUAUACAACACACUGAUAGUCACGUAAAGACAUUGUUUGUAAAGUUUCCUUGCAUGCAUGUACAUCGAUUCACAGAAUACAGUGAGUUUUGUGAA